UAGCAUAUGGCCUUUCUGCUCCGGCAAUAGACUCACUCAGAGCUCAUCUCGGCUGCUUUUACUUUCUAUUCCUUCAUUCUUUCUUAAACAGACUUGCAGUUGCUCCCAUGUAUUAUUUAUUGGACAUACUAUGCUUUUAUAACAUAGCUGUGGGUGGAACAGACUCUGUAGGCACAGUUUGCACCCCAUAUUUGGAAUAACUGGCAGGAAGAAAGAAAACAGGCUGCAGUUCAAUACACAGGGUAUGAGAAUGUAAAAAAAAAAAAUAGAGAGAGCUGUCUCUAUUUGCCCACGAAUUACUCUCUUCUGUGCCAUAGAAAACCCAAAAACAAUAUUCAGUAAAACUGUACCCUAGUUGCAUUCUUUAUUCUGGCUUUAUUUCUUCUUUUUCUUUUCUUUUUUUUUUUUUUUUUUACAGAAGCAGCCUACUUCUGUAGCAUGUUAGAGAGGGAUGCAAUAAGGACUCCAUCAGAUCAUAUUUCAAAUACUCAAUUAUUCAUUGGAUGGUAGAAUCUCCACGCUUGCUUCCUGUAUCUAUAUUUUAGUUUACUUAAAAGAAAUUUCAGUAUUAUGAAUGUCUGGUCAGGUAAGACAGACGUGUACUACCACCUCCUUCCAAGCCUCAGAGAAGACGAGCAGUAGCAAUACAGGAGAAACAUGAAAAGAUCAAGAGACAAAUCACUCGACCCACUGGCACAUCAAAAAAUACCAACUACAUUGAUCUUACAGUACCAUGCAAUAUGGGGAGGAAGGUUUUCCCCAGAUGGAGAACAAGCAGAUUAAGGAGCCAGACAACGAUUUAACUUAUUUUUAAAGAUGAAGAACUCAGACAAAUGGAUAACCCUCAGGCAGCAGCAUGAGCUGCAGAGUAUGCAAACAGUUCCCUGAAGGAUCAGGAUUUGCGGCACAUCAUAGUUCUCUUUUUUCAUUCUCAUCUGGAGACCUUCCUGCACCGUUUCCAUUUAUAGACUGGUUUCAGAAAAGAUCACACGUGAACAUAUACUACAUGAUUUAUCACAUGCGUGGCGGUGCAUUUAUACUGUUAGAUUAACUCUUCAACAACUGCUGUAAAUAAACUUUAGCUUUUGAAUUAACCUAAAGCCUGACCAUAGCAACACAUCUUACAUAUCCACAAGCUGCACAAAGCUUGUGGAGGCUCUCGGUGCCAACCAGCUCUGUGGGUUAACUAUGGGAGAGACAUGUACCACAGAAAUAUCUUGCAAAACACGGUCUGUAGGACCCCUUGAAAUCCCGUGCAGCCUGUCUGGGCUGGACUCCUUCUUUUGUUUUGUUUCUCAUCCAUCUUCCUUUCUUUAAAAGAUGGAAAAGUGGCACAUCUUGCCCCCCAGGGUAAGAAAUAUGCCUCUGGUUGGCCACCAGUGACCCGGUCACCGACCAGACAGUGCCCAAACUUUGUCCCCUGCAAUGGUGGCUUGCGACACGAAGGCAUCAUGUGGAGAUCGUCGCUGGGGAAACUGCAUCUCCCACGGACACGUGGAAGUCCCCCGCCGCCCCAGGGAAGCACGGAUGAAUCACAUUUCCUUCUUCAGCCUCAAGUAAAGGUGGCUGGAGAGCAGCUCCGCGUCAACGCCGCGAUGUGAGAUUUACAGCUGCUUGCAGUUCAGCACGCCUCUGAGCAACCUUUUAGGAGCAAAACCCAACCGAUAAAGAAGGUAAAUACCAGCUUUGCUGGGACUCUGCCUGGCUACCAUCAGCCGCUCUUGCACAAGUGACUCAGGGAGCUGUUUCAGCAGCACAUUUUUGCCUCUGGCGUGUAAAGUUCAAGUGGUGCUGUCUUGUUAAACAUUGUUCCCUUCUUCUAAGGGAUGUUUUUACACCCUCAGCCACAGAGGACUGACUUUGCCUCACUUACGAAAGCUAAAAUGUAGUAAAUACCUUUUGAUGUAAAGAAUUUUAUAGAUUUUCACCCCAGGGAAGGCAUUUUGACUAGUUGUAUUUCAAUGAGACGUUAAAAAAAACAGGCUUGUGUGCAUUUUUUUAAAUUGCUGUCAUUACCGUCUGCGCAACAGGUAGUGAAAGCUGAUGCUGCGGAGACUUGGUUUGUACUUUUUGACAUAAGACUGGCAGAAAAAUUGGCAGUUAUCUUGUUGCUCAUGUUUAAAUCCACACCCUUGUACUGUGAUUCAGCAAAUUCCCAGAGUAACCCUGGUCUGAAACUCGGGUUCCUCCUUGUUCUGUCCUGCCGGGGGUGGAUUUCCCCUAGAGAAGCCAAUGAACAAAAGCUCAUUUUUUUCUGUAGGUGGCGAGGAGGAAACUCUCCACCAUCUCCCCACCUCUUCCUGCAAAAUGUUGGCUCUCUUUUGCACCGAUCACUUCAGGUCGUGAAUGAAAAUGGAAGCGAGCAGCAGCGGAGCUGGGGUAUAGAAAUUGUUUCGAACGGCACUCCCUGGCUCUGCUCCACGCUUCAUAAAUAAUAGCUCUCACCUCAUUUUAGCUACAAAGAGAAGCAAAAGCAAGCUGCCUCUGUCUUCCUCCAGCAAACCUAAGGUUUUUUUGCCACGGUUGCGGCAGCAUCUUGAUGGGGAAGCUGAUCUCCAAAGGCCAGCCCAAAAGAGAUGCUCGAGUUGUCAUGCUGGGGCUCGACUUCGCCGGCAAAUCCACCCUUCUGUACAAACUGAAGAGCGGCCGGGCUGUGGAGACCUGCCCGACGGUGGGCUUCAACGUGGAGUCUCUCCAAACACCCUGUCGCGUAUCCUUCACCCUCUGGGACGUCGGCGGACAGGGCAGCCUGCGGGCGAGCUGGCCUGACUACCUGGAGGACACCAACACCCUCAUCUUCGUGCUCGACAGCACGGACACGGCUCGGCUGCCCGAAGCGAUGGCAGCGCUGGAGGAAGUCCUGAGCCACCCCAGCAUGGCUGGCAUCCCCGUCCUCCUCCUGGCCAACAAGCAGGAGGUGCCGGGAGCGUUGGCUCCCGCCGAGCUGGGGGAGAAGCUGCGGCGGGGGCGGCUGGCGAGGCACCCUUGGGUGCUCCGGGGAUGCAGUGCCCACACCGGCCAGGGACUGCAGGAAGCCCUGGCCGUCCUGGGAGAGCUGCUGCGGGUCUGGAGGGGAGCUCCCCAUCCCAAGAGCAGCCCCUCGCAGGGCCGGCGGGGAGGAGGCGAGCUCCGGAGCAAAGCUGAACCUCAGGUGGACGCUUCCUGCUCGUCGCUGCCGGCAGGUUUGUCGUAGAGGAUCCCAGUCUCCGGGUAUCCCCUAAAAUGAGCAGACCUGCGGCUGGCACGUGCCACGGAACACCCAGCUGAAACCCACCGGGAAGAACCUCCGAGCGAAACUCCCAUCGUGGAGCGUUUUUGGCCCCGUCUCUUGGACUCUCAUCACCGGCUGUGGCUUGUCCCGCUGUCGCCAGGUUCUGCUCAUCCAUUGCGUGCGUGUCCGGUGCUUCAGCGGGGCUGGUUUUUGCCAGAGCAACAUAAAUUAUAACAGAGAUGUGCACAAGGGACAGAAGAGGUUUUCUUCUUUCUGCAGCUCCCAGCCCAGAUGCAGCUAUCCUGAUGGGGUGAUCCCCAUGGCGGGGGGGGUGUUUGAACGCGCCCCGUGCUGCUUCUCUCUCAGUUCAAAUCACACGUUCAUCAGGUGGAAAAGCAGGCAGCCACUAAAAGGAAUGACUGAACAGAAGCAGCGUAAGCACAGGACUUUGAAUGGGCAACAGCUAAUUGGUUUUAGUGUGGCAGCUACGGGUUUAAUCUUCAAGCCAUGGAAGCAAGUCAGGAUUCAACGGUGAAACGUGGUUCAAGGAUGUGUGUAUAUCAAUUUCUGCAUUUCUUGUUUUGGGUCUUUCUCUUCCAUUCGUUAUUUUUAUCAAAUACUGAUUUCUUGAAAAUGGCACCUCAUUUUCCUUGGAUUAUAUUUAAAUACAGAGAAAUAAAAUCUGACUUCUAGAUGCUUGGAAACACAUCUGCAUGGCCAGUCAACCUCUAAAUAUCCUCGUGGUGGCCUGAACAACCAAGACGAAGCCCUGUCUCUCACACUUUUUGAAACUGGAUGAGACCACUCUAUGGGCAAUGAUUGGUAACCAUGGGCACCUAUGGGCACGGGAAGGUUUGUAACCAAAGGGGUCUCCACACUCAGCUGCACCCGGGGCAGUCGAAAUGCCCCUGGCAGCUCGCAACGGGGCCGGGUCCUUGGUUGCAGUGAUGGUCUUUGUCCGAUCCUGCUGAACCCACCAUUGGAAAGACCUAUAAAAUGUGUACCUGCGGGCUCCCUGUACACAAAAUUCUGUUAUUUGGGGUUAAAAUUAAGAAAUUUCAUAGGGGUCCCUACUUUAUUAUGAAAUGAAUGAAAGUGGUGGGGGAAGGCAAGAGAAAGGACACAAAAUUUUCAGGCAGCAGAAGUCAGCUGCUUUCAAGGAAGAACUUAUUCAACCUAGAAACACCAAGGAAAAAUACAUGGCGAAAUCCCCUUGUGUUCAUACCAGAGCAUUUUACAGUUGUUAAGGAAUUAAUCAUCCAGCUGUUACUGGUGCUGUUAUUAGCCUCAUUUCAUAGAAGGCAGCAGCUGGAAAACAAGGCUUAAACAGUCAUGAAGAAACAGAAUAUGACAUUUAUAGGAAGGUCUCAAUAAAAGAAAGCCUUCCCGGUGGAAAAAGUCACAUUUUUCUAGCUGCGUUAAUAUAGAACUAUUAUAUGCUAUAAACUAGUAGUCCAGUGUUGAUCUGGCCUAAGUGAUCAUGGUUAUGAGUAUACUUAAACAGCACUGAAACGUAUAAUAAAUUAUAUGGCAAAGCUGUGUGCAUGGUAA